ACUCAGAGAGACUGGCAUCAAGGAUCCAAUGAGCUGUUCGAGUUCGAUUGCAUGAAGGGUGGUUCCAAGAAUCCUCAACUCAUCAAGACCAUGGUCGAAGCGUCUGGUGCCUCCGUCGAAUGGUUGAUGGAUAACUUCGAUCUCGAUCUUUCUCUACUCUCUCGUUUGGGUGGUCACUCUGUUGAGCGUACCCAUCGUGGAAAGGAGCGCUUCCCUGGUAUGACUAUCACCUAUGCUGAAAUGCAAAUGGCUGAGGCAAUCUCCAAAGCUCUGCCCGAUAGGUGUCAGAUCAUGAACAAGGCUCGUGCUACUGAGCUUGUUCAGAAUGACAAGGGUGAUGUUGUUGGUGUGAAGUAUGAGAAGGGCGGCAAGACAUAUACGUUAGAGGGACCUGUUAUCCUCGCUACCGGUGGUUAUGGUGCCGAUUUCUCUAAGGAUGGUCUCUUAGCCAAGUAUCGUCCGGACUUGCUCAAGUUGUCCACUACCAAUGGCGAGCAUUGCACUGGUGAUGGAAUCAAGAUGGGUGUUGCAGUUGGUGCCCAAACUAUUGAUCUCGAGUGGGUACAGGUUCAUCCUACCGGUCUCGUGAACCCCAAGGAUCCUGACAGUAAGGUCAAGUUCUUGGCUGCUGAGGCUCUUCGUGGUGUUGGUGGAAUCUUGCUCGAUGCUGAUGGUCAUCGCUUCGCCAAUGAGCUCGGCCGUCGUGAUUAUGUGUCCGAUAAGAUGUUCCACAACAAGGGUCCCUUCCGUUUGGUAUUGAACACUGCUGCGUCUGACGAGAUUCGCUGGCAUGUUGAGCACUACAAGGGCCGUGGUGUCAUGAAAGAGUUCAGCAGUGCUUACGAUCUCGCUAAGGAGAUGGGCAUUCCUGCUUCUACCUUGGAGCAGACCUUCAAGGAUUACAAGGUGGUUGCUGAUAAGCAGGAGGCCAACCCUGAUGGUGGUGAGUAUGAUGCUUAUCCGACCGGUAAGACCUUCGAUAAGUUCGGCAAGAAGUUUUUCACGAAUUACGACCUCAAGAUGGACGACCACUACAACGUCGCCAUUGUCACUCCUCUG